AUGGAUUCCACCACCGAAACUUCCACCAAUGGACGUCCCCGGCGCUUCAUCAAGCGUCCUGACGACAGUGCCUUCAACAAGGAAAUCGAGGAAUUGAAAAGUGAAAUCAAAAAACUCGAUUUGUCUGCAAACGAAGUGAGCGCCCAACUCCAAAAGGUGGUGACGGAACCAGCAUUGGCCGAAAGACGUAAGGAGCUUCAGGUGCAACUCCGCGAGUUGAUCACCAAGCAGAAUGCCAUCAAGGGCGAGAGAAACGCCAUUAUGGACCAGAUCAAGGCGGUGGACGUUGUGAUCAAACGCAAGUUGUCCGAGAUUCAGACACAAACUUCGAAGCAUAACUUCAAAUCUGUGGGAGAAAUCGACAAGCGAAUUGCACACUUGGACAGCUUGGUGGAAGCCGGCGACUUGAAGUUGGCCGAGGAGAAGCGGUAUGUGAUGGAGAUGUCUCAAUUGCGGAAAGUUCGCAAGGACUUUGGUGCGGUGGAAAAGACUCAAGAGUCUAUUGAUGCUGACAAGGCCAAGGUUGCGGAAUUGAAAAAGAAGUUGAGUCAGGUGCAGAACCGGGAGAUUCAGGCUCAAUUCGAGAAAAUUCAAGCGGAACUCGAUGAACUUAACAAGAAAAACCAAGGUGUUUCCGAAAAGCGUAAUGAGUUGUUCAAGAAAAGAAACCAGCUCCGCAAGUCCAAGGACGAAAAAUGGGACCGUAUCCGCAAGUUGAAUGCCGACAAGUCUGCCGAGUUUGCCAAAUUCAAGCAGGAGAUGGAGGAGGAGAAAAAGAAGCGUGCCGAAGAAGACCGGUUGCACCGCGAAGAAGAAAAGCGCCGCAAGCGGAAAGAAAAUGCUGAAAAGCAAUUGGCAGACGCUUCCGUGCCUGCUUUCACCGCCGAAAUCUCCGCAAUCCACAAUCUCUUAUCGUACUUUGAUCCUAGCUAUGUGAAGCCUCAGCCCAAACCAGUGGUUGCCGGUCCGGCUAAAUCCGAAACCGUCGGCACUCCAACCACCAUCAGAAAGGUGGAGAUGCCCGCCGACUUGGUGGUGGUGAAAAAGGAACAAGAAGAGUUCUUUGCUGGCUCCAAGGGUAAGAAAUCCAAGGGUAAAAAGGCCAAAUCGAAGAACUUUACCGUGGACCCAGAGGUGAUUGUUUCGCUUGGAGACUUGGCCAUUCCCUUGCCAACAAAGUCCGAAGACGUUCCUGAAACCAUUGCUACUUUGAAGGAGACAUUGACCGCUCUUGAGGGAAAACAGGACGAACAGACCAAGAUCAAUAUCGAGAGAGCCAAGGAAAGAAUUGCCAAAUUGGAGGCCGAGGAAACCGAGGAGGAAACUAGUCUGUAG